AUGGCGGCCACCACGUACCUGCCAGCUAGCAGUGCGGUCACCACAGACUUGGACGGCAACGUAGUCGGCAUGAACAUCGUCGGCGGAUACCAUUCCAGCGCCUCUCCCAGGUCAGCAGCUGACGCCAACGAGAUGAAAUACUUGCCCCAACACCACCACAACCACCACCACCACCUAGCCAGCUCACCCUCGCCCAGCGGCCAUGCGGUGUCCUUAUCCGCGAACCCAUGGGUCAGUUUGCAACCGGGCGCUGACCCUUGGGCGGCCUCAAUGGCUGGAAUGCACCACGCGCAUCAUCACCACCCCCAUCAGGACGUGAAACCGCUGACGCAGCAAACGCAGGACAUGAUGCACCACCAGAGGCAGCAGCAGCAGGCCUGGCAUGGACCCACUGCCCACUAUAAUCCUGGCGGUGCCGCCUCGCCUCUACAGCAAUAUCACGCCGCCAUGAACGGCAUGCUGGCGCACCACCAAGCUCCCCAAUUGCACCAUCCGCUGCACAGGGACAUGCAGAGCCCCCAUCACCCCCAGCACCCUGACAGAGACGUGAGCGGGGGUGAGGAUGAGACGCCUACGAGCGACGAUCUCGAAGCUUUCGCGAAACAGUUCAAACAGCGAAGGAUCAAGCUGGGUUUCACGCAAGCCGAUGUCGGUUUAGCGCUGGGGACGUUGUAUGGCAACGUGUUCUCGCAGACGACCAUUUGCAGGUUCGAGGCGCUGCAGCUGAGUUUCAAGAAUAUGUGCAAGCUGAAACCGCUGCUGCAGAAGUGGCUGGAGGAGGCCGAUUCGACGACGGGGUCGCCGACGUCGAUAGACAAGAUAGCGGCGCAAGGCAGGAAGAGGAAAAAGCGGACGAGCAUCGAGGUGUCUGUAAAGGGGGCCCUCGAGCAACACUUCCACAAGCAGCCUAAGCCGUCGGCGCAGGAAAUCACGUCGUUGGCGGACAGUUUGCAGCUGGAGAAGGAGGUGGUGCGAGUGUGGUUCUGCAAUAGGCGACAGAAGGAGAAAAGGAUGACGCCGCCCAACACGCUGGGCGGCGAGAUGAUGGAAGGUCUGCCGCCCGGGCAUAUGCAUCCCGGCUACGGGCACCAUCCGGAUAUGCACGGCUCGCCCAUGGGGCAGCAUUCGCACUCGCACAGUCCGCCCAUGCUGUCGCCCCAGAGCAUGGGGCACCAGCUGACUGCCCACUAG